UUUGCCCCAGAAAAACAAUCAUAUGACUCCAAACGACACAUUUAAAGUGCUUUUUUAUGCUACUUUCCCAUUCGCUUUCAUUGCAUAGAAAGAACAGCAUGAACAUUCUGCGUAACAUCUGCUUUUGUGUUGCUCUGAAGAAACAACAGCUUUGCAACAACACAAGAGUGUGCAAAUGAUGCCAAAAUGUUCUUUAUUUGGCGACUAUCCCUUUAAAAAGAGUGAAAUUUGCCUAAAAAGGACAUAAUUUAUUUAUUCUAAUGUCAUUGUAAGAAAUGAUGCUCAUAUGACUUUUCUGCUGUAUUUGCAAGUGUUCUGAGACCAUACAAUAGAUUUGUGUUAUUCUUUAAUAUAAUUUGCCCAACAAAACAAUCAUGUGAUUCCAAAAGACACAUUUAAAGUGCUUUUUUAUGCUACUUUCCCAUUCGCUUUCACUGCAUAGAAAGAGCAGCUUGAACAUUUAGCAUAAUGUCUCUUUUUGAGUUUCUCAGAAGAAAGAUAAAACACAGGUUUGCAACAAGACGAGGGUGUGCAAAUGAUGCCAGGAUGUUCAUUUUUGAGUGAACUAUAUCCCUUGAAAGCUGGUCAGAAUCGAGCAGUAGGUGUAUUAACUGCAAUUUCUGUCUAAUGUUGUUCGGUAGGACACAGACAGAAACUGGAAGACCCCCCUAAACCGCCGCUGUUCUCCGAGCGCCUGAGCGAGUUAGAGCGUUUGCGCCAGACCACCAUGAGAGUUGCCGUGCAAACCCAGAGUCCCCGGCCGUCUCUCAACGCCACGCCGAACUCCUUCAACCCGCAGGGGCAAACUCAGAUCUCAGAUCCGCGGCAGACGCAGUCCUCUCCGCCCUGGUCCUACGAGCAGCCCUACACUCCUUACCUGAGCCAAAUGACAUCUCCAUCCAUCCACUCCACCACCCCGCUGUCCUCCACCCGCGCCACGGGCCUGCCCUCCAUCAGCGACGUGCCAAGACGCCUCUCAGGUGCGUCGGAUCUCAGUCCGUUCUCGGCCGACCCACGGCAGUUUGAACGUCAAUUUCCCGGUCUGUCCUCCCUCACAGACUCCCGUUUCCCCAAUCCCAGAAUGCACUAUCCUGGGACGUUCACAUAUACUCCUACACCGGUCACCUCGGGAAUGUCUCUGGGCAUGUCCACCCCCAGCCAUUACCACACCUACCUGCCUCCGCCGUACCCCGGAUCCACCCAGAACCAAAGCGGCCCGUUCCAGACCAGCAGCACGCCGUACCUUUACUACGGCGCCUCGUCCGGGUCGUACCAGUUCUCUAUGGUGCCAGGUGGAGAUCGAUCCCCCUCCAGGAUGCUGCCGCCUUGCACUAGCGCAUCCACCGGCAGCACCCUCAUCAACCCCAACCUGCCCAAUCAGACGGACGGAGGCGAUGCGGACGGCAGCCACAGCAGCUCGCCAACCGUUCUCAACUCCAGCGGCAGGAUGGACGAGUCCGUUUGGAGACCAUAUUGAAACGGUCUGCUCGAACGAGACCUCAACGCAGCACUGUUAGCCUUAAAGACAAGGAGCGAGAGAUAGUUGCAUGAAAAAAUCAUCAGAUUUGAAGCACAGAGUCAUUGGUACUCCUUGGUACUCAUUGGUACAAAAGUACAAUAUUGAAUGGUAGCAGUGUAUUUUUAUGACUACACUGAUGUUUUUUAAUUCUAUAAAACAGAUGCCCCUUAAAGGGAAUGAUUUACUGCAUUAAGGUGUAAUGUGAACGCACCUUUAAUCGAAUUCAUCUGACAUUCCACCAUUGAUAUAACAUUGAAUUUAAAGGAAUAGUUCAGCCAGGAACUAAAAUAUACUCUCCUUCAUGUCGUUCCGAAUUUGUAUGACUUCCAUUCUUCUGGAGAACACAUAAGGAGAUGUUUAGCACAAUGUUGAUGCUGCGCAUUUGAAUACAACGAAAGCAUACGGUCACUGUCGAGCUCUGAAAUCCUCCUUAAGAUGGAUCUUUAAACUCCAAAAAGCACCAAAAAAGUGGUCCAUAUGACUUGUGCGCUAGGUCUUCUUAAGCCAUUCAAUAGCUGUGUGUAAUUAACAGAACUAUGUUAAAGAGUAAACGAUCCCAGAACGUUCUUCCCUUUUUCUGUCCUAGAGUAAACUUUCAUUGCAAUAGGAAUGCAUCCACACUAUUGGCGCAGAAUAUUUUUAUAUUAACUCUGUAUAAUUUAGCAUUUCUUAACACUGAAAGCAAUUGUUGUUGUUGUUGUUUUUAUUUAUGCAUGCUGGAAGUCUAUUUUCUGGCUAAUUCCCUCUGAUUAUUUUAAUUUAUGUAUGAAAUGGUAGCAAACGGUACUGAUUCGAGAAGCAAUAUAAGCCAUAUAAACCUUAAAUUAUGCAAUGUGUUGAGAGGGACAAAAUUUAAGAUGUUUGAAUAUUAUUUUUUGGAACAUCUAUUAAUAACUUAAUGAAAUAUUUACUCAUUUUGUAAUUUAAAUGUUUUGUUAUUAUUAUUGUUAUUUUAAAGCAACCAAAAAGAAACUCAAAUGAUGUGUAAGCAAUGAAGGAAGGAUAUUUCAUUGUAACAAUUAAACAUUUGUGGAUUUUUCUCAGUCGGAAGCAUUCAGAAAUGUUUUAGACGGAGUAAAUCUGAGUAGGUAACAUCUAUAACACAAACAAUCAAUAAAUGUACAAAGAUAUGUUACGAGAGGUGACGUGCUGCACUCUCCACUUGUUUGACUUUGGUAUCCAAUGCUUAUUUAGUUAAUUUAUUUUAGAUAAAUGUUUUAUUUAAUGUUUUUUGGUGACUACAAGAUUGACCAAACUCUCGCAGCAGUGGCCUAACUCUUUGCAUCUCCAGAUACAGACAUGAUCAAAUCUCAUGCAUGCACUUGCAAUAAUAAAACGAGCAGUUUCUGUCUCUUGUGCAGAUAUAAAAUCAUUACUAUCAUCAGCCUUUUGUUCUAUAACUGGAUGGUUUACUGCACUUUGUAGGUUAGUUAAACACUAUGCAAACAAUCAAACUCAGAAAUGUCUCUUUGCUGUGUGCUAAUGCUAUUGAGGUACAAUAUAUAUUCAGUAUACUUUGAUAUUUCUGGCAUGUUAGACAACAGAAUCUUGCCUGCAACACUAUCGAUUAUACUGAACGGACAAUCAAAUUGAGCCUAAAUUAAACAAUGGAUGCUUACCAGAAAAGUUCAUCAUCUCUAUUUCUAGAUUUUAUUUAUUGGUCAACAAACCAUAAUGAGUUGGGAUGAAAUUAUCACUGGCAGGGAACUCCUGCCAAAUAGGUUACACAUUUUAAAACAGUUAUAUUUGUAAUAAUGCAAUUUCUUUACACUUUGUAGUUGUGGUCUUUGAAGGUUAAUGCAUAUGUUUCUGGAUUCAACAACAAGUGGUACUUGAGACAAUGUUUGUCCAAAUGUAAGUUAAUAGGCUGCUGGCAGCGCCCUUAAACAAAUUGUCUUUUUAUUUCUAUUUCUGUGUGGAACAAAGCACUUCUUUUUAAAAGCCUAAAUGCCAGAUACAAAGUCACCUUUAUUUAUUUAUAAAGAACAAAAAGGAAUGUCUGUGUUAUAUUUUACUCAAGAAGUUACAUUUGCAUGAAGAAAACGAAUCCCAUUUCCUAAAUCCUGUUUUGUAUUUCAAUGCAUUAAAUAAAAUAAAUUAGCAUCAAUAAAAUUCAGUCCAAUGGCAUAUAAAUACUUUUUGAUGAAUAAAAAUAAGCAUUUUUCCCACCUUAACAGUGAUUCAUAAUUAUGAUUGCAAUGCAGAAAGUCUUAAACGUGGCUCUAAACUUCAUGCAAAAUGCACAUGUGAUAAGAUUUAACCCGGACAUGCUCUUUUUUUGGAGAUUUGCCCAAAAACUAGCAAUCUGAACUGCAUCUUUAAUUGGGGUCAAAGUUCAAGGCAGGUUGUGUUUAUUUCAAAUCUGCAGAAACAACUAAAUUGAGUGUUUGUAAGUCCUCUAAUUUCUUCUGUACAGUAUUAAAAUCCAUUUCUUUAAGUACAAAAACACUUACACUGCUGUUUUUAACCGCCCUACUAUAUAUAUCUAGUCUUUUCUUUUACCGUGGUGUCUUCUGGUCGUGAGGAGAGCGUUUAUGUUUACAGAAUGUUUACAAAAAGCUGCAAGCAGGUAACUGCAAAUGUAAAGAACCUCUGCACUGUUAACAUUGUAUGAAUCCGUGUUUAAUUGCUUCAAUAUGCCUGAUAACACGAGAACAACAUUGGUCUGUCUUAAUCAAACAGGUCACAGGGCCAAAUAUUUAUAUGCUUUUGGGCUAUGGAUUAUGUUUUUCAUUUACCCUUUUUUAUGUAGUACCUUUGCAAGAGUCGUUCUACAGCAGAGAUUCUAUACAUUAAAAAAAAGCAUUGAGAUUUCAUUUGCAUACAGUACGUUCUGUCACUAUCACAGACAUACAGAGUUUUGGGCUUCUCCUUAGAAUAUCUAUUUGCAAAUUUAAUUUACAUUGCCAGUACGCAAGGUCAAAUUAACACAUGAAGAAAACCAAAUGCUGCGCUCCAUUAUAGUUGUUUCUGUACUUUUAACUGAAGUGUUUUGUAUUCGAAACCCUGGUUUAGAAAUAUGCAUCUUGAUUCAUCACAAUGCUUGUGUUGUAAACAACGGGAGAAUGCAUUAUCUCAUGUGUCGAGCAUUACUUCCUUGCACAUACUGUACAGAUGUUUCAAUUUCGACAAUCUUUCGUCCUGUUUCAACCAUAGUUUGUGAAUCUUUAACCUGUUUGUAUGGGACUAACGAUCCAGUAAAGAUGUGUGAGCGUUUCUGACGAUUGUAUCAUUUGUCUUUAAGAAUAAAAAUGGCUUUUUGUUAUAACUCA